GAUGAUAGUCAGAAGAGAUCGUAUUCAUCAUCAAGGCAAAACUAAUAGAGACUUUAAGUAAACUGUUUUAUUUCAUUCAAGGAUGUAGGAUUCAUUAAAAUAUACUUCUAAUAAUCAAAAUAGUUCUCUAGAUGGAGAUAGAAUAGCUACAUUAUCUAUUCCAAAAAAUAAGAAAUUUUCAGAAAUCUUAGACUAAAAAUCUAAAAGAAUUGUAUAAUGCAAAGAUCCAGUUGAAGAAACUAAAUAAUCUGCUAAGAAAUUUUACUAACAUCAUUUAAUUGGUUAUCCAAGGUAUUCUUCUUUUUGCAAAUUAGAUUUUCUCAAUUAGAAGAAAAAGAAUUAAAGAAAAGAGUGUUUUGUGGUGAUUCUAAUACACUUUUCUUUGAUGAUGAACAUAGAAAAAGUUAAGAAAGUCCAACUCAUACUAAAUGUAUUAUUCAAUACUAAUUUAUUAGAAGAAAUAAAGGAGAAAUUAGCAUAAUAAAAAAGAGAAGAGAAUACUACAGGAAUUUAAGAGACUUAAUUAGUUGGUUUAGAAAAUAAGAAUACACUUGAAGGCAAAGUAGACUUAGAAAAAGUUAGAGAUAUUAGAAGAGCUAUAAGAAGAAGAUAUGCAAAUAGAAAGAAUUUUUAAAAGAUCUUCAAUUUGUGGGAUGAAGAUUCUAAUGGUGCUGUUAGUGUUAAAAAUCUAUACAAUAUGAUAUAAAGAUUAGGAAUAAAUAUUAAUAUUGAUGAAGCAAGAGUUUUGUUAGCUAGUGCAGAUAUGGAUGGAUCAAAUGAUUUAGGAUUAGAUGAAUUUUUAGAUCUUAUUUUUAAUGAUAAAGAUGCUCUUAAUGUAAAUUUAAAGGCAUUACCAGCAUUAACAGAAGAUGAAAAGGAUUCAUUAAUUAAAAAUUAGGAAACCAUUGAUUUUCUUAGAAAAGAUGCUAUGUAAGCUAGAGAUAGAAGACAUUAGAAUUAAGUCAAUCUUAUUCUUAAAAAUAGAGUAUUUUAAGUCACUAUUAUUUAAGUUAUAAUAAUUGGGACAAUAACUUACAAUAUAGGAUGAAUUAUAAAAAGGAUAUAUAAGUUAUGGAAGAUUUGAAAGAGUUAUUAAGAAAUUAGAAAUAGAUCCUAGUAUAUUAUCUGAAUAGGAUGUUAAAAUCUUAUAUGAGAAUUUUAAGAAUUAAGAUGAUACAUUUGAUUAUAAAAAGUUCUUAAAUCAUUUAAAAUCAUUCUAAUUGAAAGAAGAAGUUUAUGAUGAUCCAUAUUCAAACAAAAACUAAGAACCAGUUGAUAAAAAAUAAUUAUUAUUAAAAAGUAUGAAAUAUUAAGAAGAUCAACUUAUUACUUUGUUUGAUAUUACAAGAGUAGAUGCUUAUUCCUUAGAGAAAAUGAAAAGAAAGACUAAAAAUCUUAUGAAUAAAAUUUAAAGAUAUAUACCAUCACAUACUAAAUUUGAAGAAUUUCUUAAAAAUAAAAUAUAAGGCAAUAAUGUUAAUGUUAAAGAGUUUUCUCAUGUGAUUAUAUAAUUUUUAGAAAGUGUGAAUGAAAGAUAUUAAAAAUUUGAUCUUGAAAGUAUGCUUAGUGUAUUACAAUUUGGUUAAUAUGAAACAUAAAAAUCUGAUGAAAUUGUUAGGAUAUUAUUUAAGUAUAUUUAUUAUCCAUUUAAUUUAGUGAAACUGAUUAAGAAUUUUAUGAUAGAGCUUAAUUAAGAUAGAAAGGACCUGCUCCUCCUGAAAAAGUAUCCAAAGUUGAUUAACCUCUUUAAGCAAUUGAAAAUAAGGAAUAAGAUAUUGAAAAAUAAAUCUGUAUGAUUUUUUCAAUAUUUUUAUAGAAUUUUAUAAUUAGGAUGCAGGAAUGACAUGGUAUAUACCAAAUCAAUCUAAAGAAUUGUCAGAUGUAUUAAUGAAAGUUGAGAAUUAACUUUUUAACAAAACUGAAAGAGCAUAUAAAUUAUUUAAAGAUUUUGAUAAAGAUAAGGAUGGAUAUAUAUCUCAAUAAGAUUUGAAAUAAAAAUUAGAAGAAAUGAAUAUACUUAAUGGAUAAGAAAUUGGAAUACUAAUAAAUUAUGUUGAUCCAACUAAUAAAGGAUAUGCUACAUUUAAUGAAUUUCAUGAUAAACUUAGAGCUGGAAUGACAAUAUUUGAUAAUGCUGGAAAUCAAUUAAUUUCUAUUAAUAGUUAACCUGGAAAGACAUUUUAAAGUGCAGCUAAAGCAUUUUUACCUGAAUUAUCAAGAUUAACUGAAGAAUUCAAAAAACCUUUCCGACCUUAAACUAAUCAUACUGAUGUAAGACCUUCAACAAGAUUUGGAGCUACACCUGCUUUCAAAAACACAUUCGAAAACUUUGUUCCUCCUAAAACAUCUCCUAUGUUUAUGACUUAAGGUGAACGGUUUUCAAAAAAUAGGGAAUAAUUUAUUUAGGAUGAGAAAGCUUAAAAUAAUUAAAAAUAUGAAAGUAAACUUAAUAGAAUACGAUAAUAUCAUUAAUCUAUAGAUUAAAGAAUACAAUCUGCUUAGGAGUAAAGAGAUUAGAAAGAUGCAAGCAAUUUAAAAUCAAAAUAAAUGGCAUAAUGGACAUAUGAACAUAAAGCCCAUCUUAAAAAUGAUUAUUUAUGA